AUGCGUUCACGUGGUGCUAAUGUAACUGAUAUCGUAGUCCUUGUAGUAGCUGCUGAUGAUGGUGUAAUGCCACAGACAUCUAAAGUCAAGCACCAAUUGCUACAAUAUGGCAUACACUUAGAGGAAUUUGGAGGCGAAGUACAAGCAGCUGAAAUCUCCGCCCUCACUGGAACUAUUGCGACUGUGCUAGUUUUACAUGGUCUCUCUAAAAAAUGGGUGUGUCCUUGUUGCUGGAGAGGCAUGGGUAAAGUUAGAACCAUGAUGAAUUGGAGUGGUCAAAUAAUGAAACAAGCCCCACCCUCUAUCCCUGUACUCACAGCAGGGAUGGCGGGAACUACCAUAGUUGGAGAGAAAAGUUAUCAAUUCUUGUCAACCAAAACACUUCAACUUGAAGUUAUUCAGUUUGGUGUAGGAAAUAUCACAGAAAGUGAAGUAGAGAUAGCAAGUUUCUGUUGGAAAUGUGGACUAAGUUUCAGUAAAGAUCCUGGUUGGGAAGAAGGAGAUAAAAUA